GGGUACUCGUACAUUUUUGUUUGCAAAUAAAACUUCCUCAUCAAUACUAUCCUUAUUUCUUCUUCGAUUGUUUUCAUCUGAAAACCCUAAUUUUCGCGAAUUGUUCAUACUUGAAUCGAGUAAAGGAAAAGAUGCAUCGCGAAUCUCACCAGGCUCAGCAGAUCUUCGUUCAGUUCCCGGACCUGCAAAUCCCAAGCAAAACCCUAAGCUUCACCUCCAGCGAAGUUCGGACCCUUCGCCAGUUGAAGCUCUCUCUUCUCCCCAAACUUUUCUCAUCCGAAGCUCUCUCUUCUUUUUACUUUACAUUAAACGGUAGGCCUCUCGAUGAUUCUUCGCAGAUUUUGAGUUCACAAAUCGCCCCUCUUUCGACCUUAAUUUUACGAUCCAGAGCUCGCGGUGGGGGUGGAGAUGGCGGUGCGACUGGGGCAGAGUCACGGGACUGCUACCUCAAAAUGUAUGCAGAGAAGAAGCCCGAUAAAGUCGAUCCGAAUGAGCAGAGGCUGUCGAAGUGGUUGAAUUGUGCUCUUUCGAAUGAGCCCUUGAAGGAACCGUGUGUUGUGGAUUGGCUCGGUAAUCUUUUCAAUAAGGAAGCUUUAGUGGAGGCUUUGUUGGGGAAGAAGAUUCCCAAAGCGUUUGGGCAUAUAAAGGGUUUGAAGGAUAUGAUAAAGAUUGAGCUUUCGAUGAUUCCUGGGGUCGAAAAAAAUGGCGAUGUGAGGUCUGCACCAAGGUUUGAAUGCCCUAUAACUGGGCUUGAGUUUAAUGGAAAGUAUAAGUUUUAUGCUCUGAAAAAAUGUGGGCAUGUUUUGAGUUCAAAGGCUUUAAAAGAAGUGAAGUCUUCUUCUUGCCUUAUUUGCCAUGUUGAGUUUACAGAGACUGAUAAGAUUGUGAUAAAUGGGAAUGAUGAGGAAGUUUUAGUGCUGAGAGAGAGAAUGGAAGCAGAGAAGGAUAAACAGAAGCAGAGGGAGAGGGAAAAGAAGGCUAAGAAGGUGAAGCAUAGGGAGAUUGAGGAGGCGUCUGCGGUGAACAACGGCGAGGCUGGUGUCUGUUCUGAUCCACAUUCGGCUCGGUUAAGUGGUACAAAACAUGGUGUUAGUGAUGCUAAAGAGGAGUUGAAGGUUCCUUCAAUGGUGGGAACUAAUGGGAAGGCUGCUAAAGCUGCAAGUAAUGGUACUGUUUCUGUGAAAAGUUCGAGUAAUAAUGCAGCAGCCAAGCGGUUCAAAGCUACAGAUAUUGCUCCAGCUCAUGCUACCAAGGAAGUUUAUGCAUCGAUUUUCACUUCUUCAAGGAAGUCUGAGUUCAAGGAAACUUAUUCUUGUAGAUCACUCCCUCUUGGAAGGAAUUGAUUGGUGGUGUUCUUUUCUUGUGGCCAGGUUCUUGUACUAGUUAUCUUCAGUAUGAUUGAUAUUUGGAAAGAUACAUUAGUAUAUUGAGUUUGUAAUGUCCUUUUUACUAACUUGUGUAUUUGAACCAAAACUUUUUUCUUUAAUGUAAAGUAUUGAUUUUUAUUGUGAAGGAUUUAAUAAGGCUUCUUCUUGUUUA